AGUGAUACCUUGUGUGUCGAACGAACAGCUUGUGGAUGUACGCCGUUCUUCGACACUCCCAUAACUCGUCAUAAAACCUUGUAGACCAAGUUCCGUUUAAUGUUCUUCAUUCAAGUUAUGUAGCUGUGUCCUUGGAAGCCAUGUGGAGGUUGAAGGUUGUCCUCGUAAUUUCGGAAGUGCUUUUCUUAGCCACACCGUCCUUGGCGAUGGACUCCUCUGAUUUGUGUAAUAAGAAACCACAUUGCUACCAUAACCAGUCGCUCUUGUGUGAAAUACAAGAGAAGCCUCUCUCCUGUAAUCACAUGCUCAGACAUGAAAGUGAGGGGAACUGCGAAGUCAUGCGCAUCGAUCCAAAUGAAUGCUUCAUCGAAAGUGCCAACCUCACACCUCCUGACAAACUGCCCUUCAUUUUACGGAUGUAUUUUUACAAUACGUGGAUGCUGACACGAGCUGCCAUGAACUUGUCUUUUGUUGCACCUAAUUGGCAGACCCUGAAGUUCCGCUACAAGAGACGAGACAACACUGAGUCUUUGUGCCGGAAUUUCUCACUGUCCAAUGUGAGCCUCCCGCUGGUGGACACCCUGAUGUGGGACUGCAUCUUCUUCAAUAGAUUUGGUUAUUCCAACCACACCUAUGACUUGUCCAUCAUCACAGACCAAGGGACAGGGGGUAACUUUGGCUUCAGGGAGCCAAAGAAGGAGAAUUUUGAUCAUCACAACACCAAGCUUGAGGACUGGCAUGUUUUUUUCUUCUUGCACCUUGACCAUAUCCAACGUUCUGCGUAUUUGCCUGUGACUAUACAGUCUGCACCUUUCAAGAACAUCUCCUACAAUGUCUCGCUUGUGAAGUGUAUGGACGCUGACUUGCAGUGUCUCCAUCGAAGCACACUUGUCUCGCGUGUUGUAGGAGAGCCAGAAACAGCCAACUGGACUGACAAUAUUCCCCCCCUUUGGAAUGAGCUGCUGCCAUCUUGGGGAGCUCCAGCUCAUUAUGCAGUUACUGUGCAGAUCGUCUCUUCCUUAUGUCCAUCCACUGGCUGUUACAUUUCACUCUCCCCUGUCUUUGAGGUGAAGGAAAGCCAGCUGGGAAUGUGGAUAUUUAUCAGCUGUAUGUUCAUCCUUAUAUUUGCCUUUGCUUUCACCUUUACCCUUCAUCACCGCACCAAAGAAAACAAAAAACUGUUGGAGACCCUGAGACAGAACCUGCCCAGUGUACUGCUGAUUUAUUUGCCAGAGAACAGCGCUUGUUUGGAAUUGGUGAAGACUCUUGCUGGGUUUCUUAAGGACACCUGUUAUGCUCAACCAUAUAUUGUAGACACUGAUGUGGGGACUGAGAACCCCAAUAACUGGACAAGUGAACAAAUGAACAAGGCAAGCAAAAUCCUGUUCAUUGUGCCAGGCAACCUGAAUGGGGAGAGUGCAACGCCUAUCCGGGGCCAGUGGACUUUUGCCCUGCGUUAUCUGACAGGACAUUACUUUAUCACUCAUCAUGUUACUAAGAAAGUUGCCACUGUGCUCUUACCUUUUAGCGCUGAUGUGCCAUGCCAGAUUGCAAGUAUUCGCAGAUUUGACUUGCUGCAAGAAAUGGCCUCCUUAGUUACAUGGAUCCAUGAUGGGACAUGGCUGGAUCAUAAACUCUUCUGGGGCCCACAGAUCAGGGCAUCACACCGAGCCUCCUCCUCCUCAUGCUCCCUGGCGGAUGUGAACAGUGCUGUUCGGAAAGCGGCCCAGUGCACCAAGUGUUACCGCAAGCCAGCUCUCCCUGCCCUUGUUGACUUCACUGAAAAGAAGAGCAGCAAUGAUGCUGUUACUGUUAAGAUGCCAGAGGAGGAGAAGAACGUCCUUCUAAACUACAAGCUGAGUACUCCCAGUGAGGAGAAGUUUGUGACCAAAGAUGUGCCGGACAGGAGCCUUGUCCGAGGUGACAAGAGUGGUUGUACUUUUGAUCAAGACAUACCUGAUGUUGAUACAGUGCUGGGAUAUGAGGAGAUGCCAAAGAUGUCAGAGAAAACUUAUAAUUUUUUGGAUUCUGAUUUGGAUGAACUUGAUGAUGAUAUUUUCUUGGGGAGGGUGAAGUAGGAUGGAAGGGAUUCUCAGGCAUGGUGAUCCUUAGUCUUUUUUGUAUUAUGAAUAUUGAUUUUAAGGAUUACAGAUAUCAUUAUCUAU